UGCUUUGUGUGUGCUGGGAACUGAACCGAACCUCUGCAAGAGCAGCAGUACUCUCUCUGAACGGCUGAGGCAUCUCUCCGGUGUUUGGAAUUCUAUCAUGAAAAGUUUCAGAAUGCUCUCAACUAAUGCUCCCUGAGCUGGCAAACGUGGUUUUUCUUACACAGCAUCCUCCACGGGCUCUUCCUCCUGUGCCAAGUGCUAUUCAAGAUGAUAUUCCACUUAGCCAUCCUAAGAAAAAGAAAUCCAGAACGAAAAGCACCCUAGUUUCUGCUUCUUCCGAAGGCCUUGCUGAGCCCAUUGUCGACAGGCGCUCUGAGAACAGUGAGCCGCCAGCUGCAGGGCUCAAGCAGUCCCCAGAGGCUCCCUUCCAGAGGAGGCAGAAGAAGACAAGGCCACCUCCUGAGUUGGAGACUUCCUUCUCUGGAAAGCCAUCUAGCCCAUCUUUGCUGCGAAAUGAAAAUGGCAUUGAUGUGGAGCCGCCUUCGGAGCCGGUGAUUCCAAAACCACGAAGGAAGGCAAAGAAAACGCAGCCAGCAGAACUACAGUAUGCUAAUGAGCUGGGAGUCGAAGAUGAAGACAUAAUUACGGAUGAGCAACGCACUGUGGAUCAACACUCCAGGUUCACAGCGCCCACUGGAAUUAGCCAGCCUGUCGGCAAAGUAUUUGUGGAGAAAAGCCGGAGAUUUCAGGCGGCCGACCGUUCGGAGUUGAUAAAGACCACAGAAAACAUAGAUGUGUCGAUGGACAUGAAGCCGUCCUGGACCACCCGGGAUGUGGCACUUUCGGUACACCGAGCUUUCAGGAUGAUUGGUCUGUUUUCGCAUGGCUUCUUGGCUGGCUGUGCUGUGUGGAACAUUGUUGUGAUCUACGUUCUCGCGGGAGAUCAGCUCUCUGACCUCUCCAACCUCCUGCAGCAGUACAGGCCCUUGGCAUACCCGUUCCAGAGCCUUCUCUACCUGCUCUUGGCUCUGAGUACUGUUUCAGCGUUUGACAGGACUGACUUUGCUAAAACAUCAGUAGCCAUCCGGAACUUUCUGGCCCUGGAGCCGACGGCUUUAGCCUCCUUCCUGUACUUUGCUGCUCUAAUACUGUCUCUGAGUCAGCAAAUGACAAGUGACAGAAUCCACCUUUACACACCUUCUGGGAAUGGAAGCCUCUGGGCAGCGGAAGUUGAGGAACGGAUUCUUGGGCCGUGGAUCAUCGUGAAUUUGGUGGUGGCUCUUCUGGUUGGAUUGUCCUGGCUCUUUCUGUCUUAUAGGCCAGCCAUGGAUCUUAGUGAAGAGCUAAUGUUCUUCUCUGAUGUGGAAGAGUACCCUGAGAAAGGAGUCCAGCCAACUGCAUAGUGCCCACCCCUCCACUGCAGUAAAGACCUGCAUAGUGCCCACCCCUCCACUGCAGUAAAGACCUGCAUUUCCCCACUUUGUUUUUAAGCGUAUUUUAUAAGAUAUGUAUAUGUGUAUUUAUAAUUGAGCUUUUGUUAUAUAAUGCUGAAAUGCAUCUGAAGAUUAUGAAAAAUGUUUAAAUUGUAUCUGGUCUUUAUUCCCAACAUUAAUUUCUAUAGUAUUGUUACCUAAGUGAUACAGGAGAUAAUGGGCUAAAAAAAGCAGGCAAAAGUGUUUGUUUCCUGUUCUCUCAAAUUCUCUGUAUUCAUCAUCAUCAUCAUCAUCAUCAUCAUCAUAAUAAUAAUAAUAAUAAUAAUAAGCACCAAUCUAAAAAAGCCAUAACCUCAGUGUUACAGAAUAGAUAUCACGUUUAAAUGUAAAUUUAGAGGAUAGGGUAGGAGGGAAAUGUCUUCAUUUUGUAUUUUUGAUGUCUCCUUAUUGAACACACUACAGUAUAAGAUUUUCUGAAUCUGGUAAAUGCUUGUGUAUCAUGUAAGACUUACAUUGUAAUUUAAAUUGAAAGAUGCUUUACUUCAUGGCUAAUAAAAGACAUAUUUUUGUUUGAAA